AUGGGGAUCUACGGCGUGGUCUUCUCGUACGCUGGCGCCGUCACGGCCAUAUCUGCGCUCGCCAUCUGGUGGGUCGUGUCCGACCUGCUCGAGGAGAAGAGGGCGAACAGGCGGCGGAAGGAGUGGCAGGAGCUCGUCGCCAGGAUGCGCGUGGAGCCCCGGCAGUGGCGGGCCCCCGACCUGCUGGAGUACAACGGGCAGGACCCUCAGAAGCCCCUGCUGAUUGGCGUGGACGGCGAGGUGUUCAACGUCUGGAGGGGGCGGGAUUUCUACGGCGCUGGGGGCCCUUACGGCUCCUUCGCGGGCAGGGACGCGACCCGGCUCCUGGCGAAGUACAUCGUAGACGACGCGGAGGACGACGGUGAGCCCUUGACUGCGGAGGAGCUCGACACCCUCCAGAGCUGGAAGGAGCCAUCGUUCAGAGUACGUGCGGCCGACGCCGACGAGGGCGCCGCCGCAGGCGCCAGCGGCGGCCGCAGCAGCAGCUGGAGCCCUGAGGGCCCCGCAGUGCCCUACGCCGAUGAAGAAGUACGGCGGCCUAGGAGACCACGGCUCGCCCGAGAGCGCUCCUGCGGACACGCCCGGCUUCAGCCCCACGUUCGGCGACCAGUGCGGCGCGAAUGCCGAGGGGGACGACAAGGGGAAGAAGUCCGGGAAGUUGAAGCUCCCCAAGAGCCUGCGGCACGCCGCGGGCAAGGCCGCCAAGGAGUCCAAGAAGGCCGUGAAGGGGGCCUCCAAGGCGGCGGUGGCCGUGUCGCAGAAGCUCGGGGUCCAGGAGCGUCGGCUGGACGUAAGAGGGGCCACCGCGGAGCUGGACGCCGAGACCAUCGGGGCCUGCGCCCUCGAGGAAGAGGAGGAGGAGGAGCUCUUCGACGACGCGGGCGCCGACGCAGGCCGCUCUUCCCCUGCGCUGGGCGGGGCGACGCCAGGGCGAAGGGCAGCACCAAGACCAAGGCCAAGGACAAGGCCAAGGCGAAGGGCAGCCAGGCAGCCCCCGAGCCGAGCUGGGACCCCUCCAGCUUCAAGGGCAAGCCCCGGCCGCUGCAGUGCGGCAGCAUCUGGGACAUCCCCACCAGCCGCUUCCCGGAGCCAGAGGCGCGGCCGCCGCCGAAGGCGAAAAAGCCCAGCGCCAGCGAGCGCGACGCGCCGAAGCUGGCCACCAGCGGGGGCGCCCGGGCGCCGGUCCAGGAGGGCGGCGAGCGCUGUCACUGCCGCUGCCACAUCCUCUGA